AGUUGGGGGCGGGUUUAUGGGAAGAAGAGUUCGCCGGAGAUGGCGGGUGGGAUCGCUGUUUCCGAGAGAGGGCACUGUCUUGUGGGCCGGCAGCUUGGCCUUGGCCUCCUAUCCUGAAAAGACGAAUUUCCCUAAUCCACUCUGGCCUGUCAUCUCUUCAUCGCCAGGUGGCGGGACAGGCUUCAUUGGGACAGCCCUAACCCAGCUGCUGAAAGCCAAGGGCCACGAAGUGACGUUGGUCUCCCGGAAGCCUGGGCCUGAUCGGAUCACGUGGGAUGAACUCUCUGCCUCUGGGCUGCCUCCCUGCGAUGCAGCUGUCAACCUGGCCGGAGUAAACAUCCUCAACCCUCUCCGAAGGUGGAAUGAAGCCUUUCAAAAAGAAGUACUCAGCAGUCGCCUGGAGACCACCCACAUGCUGGCUACAGCCAUCACCAAGGCCCCACAACCCCCCAAGGCUUGGGUCUUAGUUACAGGUGUAGCUUACUACCAGCCCAGCCUGACUGCAGAAUAUGAUGAGGACAGUUCUGGAGGGGAUUUUGACUUUUUCUCCAACCUUGUAACCAAGUGGGAAGCAGCAGCCAGGCUUCCUGGAGAUUCCACACGCCAGGUGGUAGUGCGCUCUGGGGUUGUGCUGGGCCGAGGGGGCGGUGCCAUCAGCCACAUGCUGCUGCCCUUCCGCCUGGGCCUGGGGGGCCCCAUCGGCUCAGGCCACCAGUUCUUCCCUUGGAUUCACAUCGGGGACCUGGCAGGAAUCCUGGCCCAUGCCCUUGAAGCAAGCCAUGUGCAGGGGGUCCUGAAUGGAGUGGCUCCAGCCUCCACCACUACCAAUGCUGACUUUGCCCAGGCUUUGGGUGCUGCCCUGGGCCGCCCAGCAUUCAUCCCCCUCCCCAGCACUGUGGUACAAGCCAUCUUUGGGCGAGAGCGAGCCAUCAUGUUGCUGGAGGGCCAGAAGGUGGUCCCACGGCGAACACUGGCUGCUGGCUACCAGUAUGCCUUCCCAGUGCUGGGGGCUGCCUUAAAGGAGGUAGUAGCCUAAGUAGGGAGGUUCAUGGCACAGGCCUACUGGGUAGAUCCUGUGAAUAAGCUCAGGAAUUCCUGUUUGGGCUCUGAAACCAUCCAGUUCUUAGGGAUUCCUUCUUCCUAUUUAUCUCCAAUUAUUCUGUUGCUCCGCCCUAUUUAACUAAGAGACUGUCCACUAUCUCAAGGCUGUGAUCCCAUCAAGUUAGGACCUCAACCCUCUGACCCCUUCCCAAAGAAUUUCCAAGCUUGAUGUCCCCAUCUCAUUCCUACGCCAUUUCUCCGUUAUGCUAUGUAUAGAGUGCUCUGCAGUUUAGUCAAUAAAGAUACAUUAUCUCACUA